ACCAAGCAGGGUCUGUUCUGCAAGCCAGUAAAAAACUUACAACCAAAAUGUACAAGAUUUUUGUGAUUGCCGCUACCGUCGCAUUCGCUAGCGCUCGUCCUCAGCACCACGGACACGAGCACGCCAUCUCAUCACAGAGCAUAGUGUUGCACGCGUCGCAUGACCAGCACCACGCGCCUUCGCACCACCACCACAACGACCACCACCACAACGAUCACCAUCAGGAUCAACACCAACAUCACCACGUUGACUACUAUGCUCAUCCCAAAUACGCGUAUGAGUACAAAGUAGAGGACCCCCACACAGGCGACAAGAAGUACCAGCACGAGACCCGCGACGGCGAUGUGGUGAAGGGCGUGUACAGCCUGCACGAGGCGGACGGUACCAUCAGGACUGUUCAUUACUCCGCCGAUAAACACAGCGGAUUCAAUGCUGAAGUAAGGCGUGAGGGUCACGCGCAGCACAUCCAGCUCGCACAACACGAGCACCAUCACUAG